UUUAUUUCAGUUGAACGUAAAAAUUUCCCCACUGAAGACCUCUGAAGGGCGAGACGGAAAAAGACAACCAAAAAAAAUAGAGAAAAGAUGAAGAUUUGUAUCAGCCUAUUGGCCUUGGUGGUGACCUUGCAGCUGGUUUCAUCCAGCAAUGCUGGCAAAGUCGAACGUUUGGUGGGCGGCAAUGUUGUGGAGUCACACAUAACCCAAUUCCCCUAUGAAGUAUCGGUGAGACGCCGCUUCUGUGAUGCCUGUGCCUAUGAACACUACUGCAGUGGCACAAUUUUGUCCAGCAAAGUGGUGAUAACUGCCCGUUCCUGUCUGCAGGAUGCUGUGCCACAACGCACUCAGGUUGUGGCUUCUACCAGCAAACGUUCGGCCUCGGCCCAAGAUGGCCAGGUGUAUUUGGUCGAGGGUUUCGUUGAACACAAACACGCCGAUAUUGCAUUGAUCCACCUAGCCCUGGAGUUGGUCUUCAAUGAGUUGAGCAUAGUGCCCGUUACCCUGGCCACUGAACUACCAGCGAAAGGUACCAAGGCUUUGGUGGCCGGCUGGGGUCAAUUGUCGGAAUUCGAAGCUAAUUUCGAUGAUGGUUUGAAAGCGGUAGAGGUGCCGAUUAUGGAUUUGACUGAAUGCCGCAAAGCCUAUUUCUGGACCGAAGUUAAGGAUUGGGAAUUUUGUGCCGGCUAUUUGCAGGGUGGUGUUGACGCAUGCCAAGGUGAUGCUGGCAGUCCAUUGAUGGUGGAUGACCAAAUGGUAGGUAUCGUUUCCUGGGGCUAUGGCUGUGCUCGUCGCGGCAAUCCUGGCGUCUACACCAAUGUGGUGUUGUUGCGUGAAUGGAUCGACCAAAAUUCCAAUAUUUUCAUUGAUUUUUUGUAAUUUAAAAAACAGGUUUGAGUGGAAAUUGCGAUCCAAAGUGAAGAUUAUAAUAAUAAUAAAAAAGAACCAAAAUUA